CAAUGUUACACAAGUAAUGAACUUGUAAAACUAUAAUAAUAUUACUUUUUUCAGUAACGAGUAGUUGUAAGGCAUUACUCUCUGAAAAUAGUAAUAUUAUUACAGUAACGUCUUACUUUGUAAUGCAUUACACAAGGGAAAAACUGAGAAUGAAACCAAACCAAAACAUGCUAAGCAAACACACGCCCUGACACACACAUGCAUUUCUGCAAAAAGGGGGUGGAACGAUGUACUUGGCAGUUCAAAUAGCAGUGCCAGUCACACUAAAGUUUUUUCAGAGAGUGAACAUGAGAAGCUUUAAGCCUGUUACUGUGUCUUCACAAGAACGUAAGUCCAUUUUAAAUAUGUAUUUCUUGCAAUUAUGACAGAGGACUUGUAAUAUCCUUUAUGUGGUUAAAAUAAAAAAUCAAAAGCAUUAAACACUUAUUACAGGAAAAAAAACACAAAAAAUAAUAAUAACUAGAAAGCUUGACCCAAAUGUCAAAUUUUUCUAACCGUCCACAGCAUCAGGACCAUGGCAACAAAUGCAGAAGAGGAUCUCACUUGUUCGACCUGUUUGGAAGUAAAGAAAGAUCCUGUCACACUGCAAUGUAAGCACAGCUUUUGCCGUGCGUGUUUGGAGAAGUGGUGGAACGAGGAAAAAGGACAGCAAACAUGUCCACUCUGCAGGAAGAAGUGUCACUCCAUGGAUGAUCUGUUUAACUUUUCACAACCCUCAGUACAGUCAGAGGCCAUCUGUAAGUUGCACAAGGAGAAAAUGGAACUCUUCUGUCUCGACCACCACGAGUCUUUGUGUGACAUCUGCAAGGAUGCUGAAAUCCACUCUGGCCACAAGUUUUGUCCCCUCGAUGAAGCUGCAAAAAAUCAUGGCGAGAAACUGCAGGAAGCACUGCAGAAUGUGAAGGAAAAACUGAAAGAUUACAUUGAGAUCAGAGACAACUGCAAAGACCAGUCAGGUUAUAUAAAGUUCCAAAAGGAACAGACUGAAAGCAAGAUUAAGAAGAAUUUUGAGGAACUGCAUCGCUUUCUGCAUGAUGAGGAGGGGGCCAGAUUGUCUGCUCUCGGGAAAGAAGAGCAGAAGAAGAAUCAGAUGAUAAAUGAGAACAUUGAGGCUCUCAACAGAUACAUUGCCACUCUCUCAGAAAACAUCAGAACCACAGAGGAGGAACUGACAUCUACACCCUUUUACUUCAUGAAGAACCACCUGGUUGCAAUGAACAGAAUCCAACAAUUACCCGAAAAACCCAAGCUUCACCGAGGAACUCUGCUGGAUGAAGCCAAACACGUGGGAAACCUCAAAUUCAACGUGUGGGAACGAAUGGCGGACACAGUGUCAUACAGUCCUGUGAUUCUGGACCCCAAGACGGCCUGUCCAGCACUCAGGCUUUCUGAAGAUCUGACCCGUUUGAGUGUGAAGGUAGGAGAGCAGCAGUAUCAGAAGAAUCCAGAGAAGUUAAAGUACAGGAACACUGUUCUAGGUUCUGAUUUAGACAGAGGAACACAAAUCUGGGAUGUUGAGGUUGGAGACAACACCGAUUGGGAAUUGGGAGUGCUAGGAGAGACUUUGGGGGGACGUACAUCAUUAAAAUGGGGCAUUGGGUUUCGUGAUGAUGAAUACAAAAUGUUUUCACCACAAGACAAACCCUGGACCGAGAAGGUCCAAGUGAAACUAAAGAGAAUCCGUAUUCAUAUGGACUGGAACAAAAGAAGUCUUUCAUUGUCUGAAUCUCUCAGCAACAUUCACAUACGCACAGUAUCCAUGAGCACCUCAACUUGGAAAUUGUUUUAUUCAUGUAGUUUAACAAAAGUGUAUCCUUACUUCUUCACUACAGAUACAAGUCCUUUAAAGAUAAUACCACGCAAACCUUGUGUAACGGUAUAGGGGAAACCUCUUAUCUGGGGAAAUAAAUGUGUUUUGAGUACAGCCCUGCAGCACUAGACAUUGCCACUGGGGGCUAAGUUUAAAAGAGAGCCUCAUUCUAAACCCACGACGCUGCCAAAAUACCACUAUCUACUUGUGAUUUAUUUAUUUAUUUAUUUUUUAGCAAUGUUCACAGUUACUUGGAACUAAGGUUGUUCCGAUCAUGUUUUUUUGCUCCCGAACCAAUCCCUAUCUUUUUAGUUUGAGUAUCUGUCGAUCCCGAUAUUUCCCGAUCUGAUUGCUUUCUUUUGCUCCCGAUUCAAUUCCCAUCAUUCCCGAUAAUUUUUCCCGAUCAUAUACAUUUUGGCAAUGCAUUAAGAAAAAAAUGAAUAAAACUCGGACGAAUAUAUACAUUCAACAUACAGUACAUAAGUACUGUAUU